UCUCUUCGAAAAUGGCGAAUUUUUGCUUAAGAAAUUUGUUUUGUUUGAUCCAGAAACGUUUAAUCAAAACAUCUCCAGCACUGUCUCCUCGUUCACCCCUCCCAUUCACGGUUCAAUUUCUCGUUAACUCAUGCGGGUUUCCCUUAGAAUCUGCCAUUUCAGUCUCUCAAAAGAUCCAACUCAACAAGACGAAGCCACAGAAACCUAAAUCCGUGGUCAGUUUUUUAAAAUCUCAAGGAUUAGAUGAUACCCAGCUUUUCAAAUUAAUCAAGAAGCAGCCCAGAAUUCUUCAUUGCGAAGUGGACAGCAAUCUCAAGCCAAAGUUGGAGUUUUUAGCCAAGAAGGGCUUCACAGGUGCGCCUCUGCUAUACUUAGUUGCUGGACUGAGAGAUAAAUCAUUAAAUUCUCAAAUAGAACCCCAUUUUGAGUAUUUGAGGUCAUUACUUGGGACCAAUGCGGAUGUUGUGGCUGCUGUUAUGCGCUACGAACGACUGUUAACAUAUAACGUUAAGGUCACGCUGCAAUCAAAUAUUGACUUGUUCAUCAAUGAGGGUGUACCCAUUAGCAGUAUAAGGAAAUCGACAAUCUUGAAGCCAAGAGUUAUGAUUCAGAGCACCAAUGAGAUGACGAUUCAUGCAGUGAAAAGUGUUAAAAAUUUGGGUCUUGAUACAAAGGGUCCUAUGUUUAUGUAUGCUUUUCGCGUCAUGGUAUCGUUGAGUGAGGAGACCUGGAAGAAGAAAGUGGAUGUAUUUAAGAGUUUGGGGUGGACUGAAGAGCAGAUCUUGUCAGCUUUCAAGCGACAUCCUAGUUGCUUUGCUUCCUCUGAAGACAAAAUCAGGAAUACAGCGGGUUUUUGUGUGAACACUAUGAAAUUGAAACCGGAGAUUUUAGUUCAGGACCCCGGCCUUCUUAGCCUCGGCAUUGAUACAAGACUUCGACCGAGGCAUUAUGUUUUCGAGGUUUUCCAAUCAAAGAACCUGCUUAAGAGGAAUUGCAAAAUCCAAUGGUUUGUGAAAAUGAGUGAGAGAAAUUUCAUGGAGAAAUAUAUUCUUCCACUUAAGGAGGAAGUCCCAAAUUUACUGGACAUGUAUAGUGCUUUGAAAGUGAAGAAGGAAAUGUUGGUUGUUAAAGAGAAUUAUUCUUCAAAGCCAUUUGACUCAGCAAGAAUGACUCGGCACGAGAGCAUCUGUUUGUUAAGAUCUGACCAGCUCUUUAGCAUGUAAUGUAUCUUCUGAAUCCUGAUGAAUGAUGAUUUAUAUAAUUGAUUUAUCUCAUAUUGUGAUUAGAUCCUUUAACCGGGGUUAGAACUUGUUUCUAAAGAACGGUUGUUUCAACAAAAGAUAUGUCAUUUUUGAAUUUGUCAAGCAUAACAAUUAAGGUUCAGUUAUUCUUGCACAUUAUUUCUUACGAUCUUAGCUGUGAAUCUAUCUAAGCUGUUGACUGAAGUUUUGAAUAUCUCAGAGAGGUUGUGAGAGGAGGAAUCAUAGCUGCAAAGUGCUUUUGACAAUGGGAGGCGGAUUACAGACUCUAUUGACCACCAACAGAAGGGUGGAUUUGAGAUUGUAGCUUGGUGUGUCUUUGUUGUAGUUUAUGAAUUAGACAUUAAGAAGGGUGUAUAACGAAUGAA